AUGCCGUUUCCACUGCCGCUCAACUUUCCAAAGUGGCUCUCCGAAAAUGAGCACCUGCUCCAGCCACCCGUAGGCAAUUUUUGCCUGUUCCGCACACGCGACUACACGGUCAUGGCAGUGGGUGGUCCUAACGCCAGAUCAGACUACCAUUACCAACCUACAGAGGAAUUCUUCUAUCAGUACAAGGGCGAUAUGCUUCUCAAGGUGAUUGAUGAGGACGGCAAGUUCCAAGAUAUUCCCAUCAAGCAGGGCGAGAUGUUCAUGCUUCCUGCACACACACCCCACUCACCCGUUCGGUUUGCAAACACGGUUGGAAUUGUAGUUGAGCGUACAAGACCAGAUGGCAGUCCGGAUGCUAUGCGCUGGUACUGCCCUAACAAAGAAGCCCAUGGAGAAACACCCACAUUGGUCAAGGAAGUGCAUUUCCAAUGUACAGAUCUGGGCACGCAGCUCAAGCCUAUCAUUGACGCCUGGGUCAAUGAUGAGGCCGGCCGACAGUGCAGUCACUGUGGAUAUACACAGGGUGCACGCGAGCUUCCAGCUUGA